CAAAAGAAGUUCAGUCUCGAAAGCACUUGUUGUUGUGACUACACGUGGUGCAGGAGGCUCGGGGUUCGGAAGGUGUGAGAAUACGGCAAAGAAGAGAGAAUAGCUAAAGGAACAUGGCACCAACUACUAAAAAAAGAGCGGGUGGAAGAAAGAAUGGCCAAAAAGAUGUGAUGAAGAAAAAACCUGGUUUGACAACAAUUGCAAAGAAGUCAUCCAAGGAAGCUAGAAGGGAGAGGCUUUUGAAAAGAAAGAUGUGGGAGCACAAAAUCAAGGCAAGCAAAAACAAGUCAAAAGGCGGGGAAAAAAACAAGAAUCAGAAUAAAUCGGCACAGGAAAGUAAAGUGAAAAAAGAGAAGGCUCUUUCUCAAUUAGAUGAGAUCCAGGUGCAAGCAGCUGUUGCAGGUGUCCGAAAAUUGUGCAACAAAUUAUUGGCUGAAUCUAAAGAAUUGUUAGAAGUAGACAGUGAUCAGCACAUUUGCCUGCAAGUCAGUUUAUGCAAAGUGCCCAAAAAUAAAGAUAAACGAUCACCAUUGACCAUCAAAAUACCCUUGCCACAUCCUAUAUUGGGUGAAGACACAGAUGUCUUGCUCAUAACCAGAAUGCUUGACUGUGAACGUGGGCCUGACUAUGAGAAAACACUCAACCACUUCAAAGAGUUACUCAUACAAAAGGAAGCAGCACAUUACAUUACAGAAGUUAUAACUCUGAAGCAAUUAAGAAUGGAAUAUAAAGAAUUUGAAGCUAAAAGAAAUCUAGCGAAUCGGUUCCAGGUGGUCCUCGGUCAAGAUUGCAUUAUGGAACUCCUGCCAAAGUUACUGGGAAAACAUUUUUAUGCCAGAAAUAAGUUACCAAUUGCAGUAAAUUUGAAUUCAAAACACCUUAAGGGUGUAAUAGAGAAUGCUGUCAAUCAGACACUUCUUCAUUUCAACAUGAAGGGAAAUUGCUCUCUCAAGUCAAAAUCAAAGCAUUCAUAUACCAUUUUCGCUUAUGCUGAUAGCAAGGCAUCUGUGAGCGACGGGUUUGUUUUCACCAAGUGGAACGGUGACUCCGACUCGUGA